UCAUCUGAAUGUGUGUAAGAGUGUGUGUGUUGUGUGUGUGUGAGAGAGAGAGCUUCCAGCCAGCAUAAGGGCCGAACACUGAGGUGUCAGCGCACCCGGACACAGGACAGCCAUGGCCCUGCUCGAUCUAGCUUUGCAGGGGUUCUCCAUCUUCGGAUUUCUCUUGUUUAUCGUCCUCUGGCUCAUGCACCUCGUGUCAAUCAUCUACGUCCGUCUUCAUCUCAACAAGAAGACCCCAGACAAGGUGCCGUACAGCAAACUGGCUGGUGUCUCGCUGCUGAAGCCCCUCAAGGGGGUGGACCCCAAUCUAAUAAACAAUCUUGAGACCUUUUUUGAGCUGGACUAUCCCAAGUAUGAGAUUCUGCUCUGUGUCCAAGACCAUGACGAUCCAGCCAUCGAUGUUUGUAAAAAGCUUCUGGGCAAAUAUCCGAAUGUUGAUGCCAGGCUAUUUAUAGGAGGAAAGAAAGUUGGCAUCAAUCCGAAAAUAAAUAACCUCAUGCCAGCUUAUGAAGGGGCAAGGUAUGAACUCGUCUGGAUCUGUGACAGUGGCAUUCGAGUGAAGCCAGACACUCUCACUGAUAUGGCUAAUCAGAUGACGGAGAAGGUGGGACUGGUUCACGGCCUUCCUUAUGUGGCAGACAGACAAGGAUUUGCCGCCACAUUGGAGCAGGUUUAUUUUGGAACGUCACAUCCUCGUUCCUACAUCUCGGCCAAUGUAACGGGGAUCAAGUGCGUCACCGGGAUGUCGUGUCUCAUGAGGAAGGACGUCCUGGACCAGGCCGGCGGGCUGAUUGCGUUCGCUCAGUACAUCGCUGAAGAUUACUUCAUGGCCAAGGCCAUCGCAGACAGAGGAUGGAAGUUUUCCAUGGCAACGCAGGUAGCCAUGCAGAAUUCUGGCUCAUACUCCAUCGCACAAUUCCAGUCUCGCAUGAUCAGAUGGGCCAAGCUCAGAAUCAACAUGCUGCCAGGCACCAUCAUUGAGCCAAUCUCAGAGUGCUUUGUGGCGAGCCUUAUCAUCGGCUGGGCCGCGCACCAUGUGUUCCGCUGGGACAUCAUGGUGUUUUUCCUGUGCCAUUGUCUGGCCUGGUUCAUUUCUGAUUACAUCCAGCUCAGAGGAGUACAGGGCGGCCCUCCAUCCUUCUCUAAGCUGGACUAUGCAGUGGCCUGGUUCAUCAGGGAGUCCAUGACCAUUCAGAUUUUCUUGUCCGCUCUUUGGGACCCCACCAUCAGCUGGAGGGCGGGACGCUACCGAUUGCGUUGCGGAGGUACAGCAGAGGAAAUCUUGGAUGUUUAAACGGCACCGUGUGCCAAGGACUAUGCACUGGUGUAAACAAGGAAACAGAACUGCGAGAAGACGUGGGCGCAGAUGGACAAAUGAACUGAAACUUGUUUUGUUUUUUUUUUGUUCUAGGUUUUAUUCCAACUCCUGAUAGUUUUUAUCCUGUGACUUUAGCAAGCUUGAAUAGAUUAUUUAUGUCCUUGGUGCUGUUUUGUUUUUCCUGUGAGGUUCCUUGACAAUUUGAGACCUCAUUCUAGAUGAGCCAAAUGUUAUGAAGGGGUGAAGAAGAGAAAAUUUACGAGGAAACGAUGUCUGGUGGCACUUAAGGAGACAUCAGAACCCUGAUGAAAUCACAUCUAAAUUCAACUUUUUUUUUUUCUAAGGUCCUUGCAGCUUGUUUAGUGGUGGUUGAACAACUCUGUAUAUUGAGACAUAUCCGUUUUAUCAUGUGUUCGGAUGAACGGUAUGGUUUUUAAACGUUAUAUCGGCACGGAAGUGGGGUAGAGAAUGACUGAAGCCUUUUAAAAUGGCACUAGCGCAUGAAUGGAUCACUUGCUUAUCACAGUGUUGCUCCCAACAUACAGCACUCUUGCCAUAUUUUAUAGAUUUUUGGAUGCUCAAAACGGAUCCACUCAGGUCCAUUUUAUGUUUACUGGACAGAGCAAUAUCUUCUGUAGAGGUUAUACAUAGGAAAUUGUGGCAGAGGUUCGUAUACUGUCGAACUAUCGUGAAACAACGCAACGCUUGUACAGUCUUUGCAGCCACCCUGCAGUAUUCAAACAAGAGGUAUAAAGGCCUAGUUUGAGCCCGAGUUAUCUUCAACAUGAUAUCAGCCGAUUUAAUUGCAUAUCUUGUGAAAUUUCGUGCCAUUUGAAGAGCAAACGUUUUAAACGUUAUAAUUUGUUGGUUUCUUAAAAGCCGACACCAUGUUUUUUCUUCAAGGACUUUAUCUUCCUGUGCUUCUUUCUCUGCACUAUUUGCUCUCGUACCACAAUCAGGGUUUGCUAAAACAUUUCCUCCCGUGCCGCAGCCGCUGUUUGUUUGAGAAGCUCUGUCAGUAUUUUCCUGCAAAUGUUUGACUGGAUAUAAAUGCUCAGAUUUACCUCUAAACUGUCCGAACAUUUCAUCCAACGCCAUUUCAGCUAAUUAAACCAAAUUCUGUUGUCACUAAGAAUUUGAGAAGUUCAAGUUAAUAUAUACACUGUUUGUUUGUUUUUUGAGUUAUUGUGCAAAAUUAUUGGCAAACAUCUGCAUUUACGCUCUGAGACAUUUCAAAACAUUGCAGUCGCACAGUGUGCCUUUUGGCUUUUUUAAUUCCCCCAACAACGUAAACCCCCUUAUCUUCGAAAAGUCAAACACUAUUCACGAAACAAUUGACAUUCUUCUCCGCCUUUUUCCUUGUAUCUUCGAGGAACUGCUUGUGUGUUUCGUACUGUCAGCACUUUGUUGUUAAACCGCUCUUUCUGCAUUUCCCUCAUUUCUUAACCGUCUUGCCCGCCUUCAUGUGCUGCUGUGUGUUCAUGAUUCCUGGCGCUGUAAGUGACAUACCCAUGCUAGCAUUGGCAGUAUUGUUUAAUAGGUGAUCUACUCAUUUACCUGGACAGUUCGACCCUUUCUUGUUAUUAUAAAACCAUAAUAUGUGAUUCAGGAAGGCCAUGCGUCUUCAUUGUCCAUCAGCUGCCAUUUAGGAAGUGAUUAACACUUUUUCAGCCCAAUGCCAAACCUUCCAUUGAUUGAGUUUAUGGUAUUGGUUUAUUAUUUCUAAUUUGAAUGCAUUUGAGUUUGUUCUACUGAACACUUGGGCUGACUAAUGGAAAUAUAUAUAGUUAAACUUGUGUUUUGUGCAUGAGGCCACAAAAUGAAUGCCAUUUGUUCGUAACAUUGCAGUUAAAGUAUUAACAGUAAGCAAUAACCUUAUACAUUAUAAACUGUUAUACUGUAUUCAGGCUGUGAAACAAAAGCAAGCUUCCAAACCCAUUUCUUUGUCCACUUGUGGAAUAAUAAACAUUUCAGAUUUUGUUGACCGUUUCACAUGAAUUGUUCCUCAUACAAACAAUGGGCAUCAAUUAUGAAACACGAACGAAAUUGUUUAAAAGGCAUUCUUAAAUUGUUACAUGGAAUUCAUUUGUUAAAGCAUUCUUGUAAAAAUUGUUGCGUUAAAUUGAAUAAUUUGCAAAACCAUUCUUCCGUAAAUUGGAAUUGGUUUUUAACAAAUUAUUCACUUGAAGGUGAUAAUUUAUAUGAGCGGUUUUAUGAAUUAUUUCCAAUUUAAGCAAGAACGGUUUUACGGACUAUUCCAUGAAUUGAAUAAUUUUGCAAAAAAAAAUUCUUGCGUAAUUAGAUUGAAAUAGUAGUUAAAACCAUUUUUGCAUAAAUUAAAUUCAGUGCUACAAUUUAACGCUUUUAGGAAAGGUUUUUACAUAGGAAUGGUUUUAUGAUUAACAAAAAUGAAUAAGGCCCAAUGUGUUGUUGUUCGGCAGCAUUGGUAAAAUUGAAUGUACGUUUGCAUAAACAUGUGACUUAACAUGUUUCUUUUUUUUUUUCUACAGUACCACUUGAAAUUCCACUGUAGAAACCAUAACAUUUUGUUUAGGGAAGGGGAAAUCCAGCUUUUUUCUGCAACUAUCCAACUUCUGCUCUUACUUUCAACCAUAUCUGCUGGCUCUUAUUUUAUAUAUGUGAAAUAUUGUGUCAAAAAAGUAACUUGUAAAUUCACCUCAUUUAUGAAAAGUCUACAAUGCACUGUAAAUUUCCUGUUUAGACUUUUCCCUGGCUGUGAGAGAAUGCUGUGUUUGCGGAAAUAUGCUGUUUAUGGCCUUUUUUGAUAUGUCAAUUCUGAAAGGAUUGUAUUAUCGUUAAGUUCUGUGGGGAACUGGACUUUUUUUUUUCUCCAUAAGUGUACAGUUGUAUGUUUGUUGGAUUAACAUGUUUUGUAGAAGACUGGUGACCCGUAUGGUGCCAUGUGGACAUGAGAAAAUGUGUGUGUGUUCUGCACUUGUCAACCUGAGUACCAGCAGCUGUUUACUCGCAACUACAGUCUAAAGAAGUGUGGCAGUCUACAUGAACUGUAUUGGGUUGGAAUUACUGGAUCUGAAACAAUAUGGCUAUGUUUGGGGACUUUCUGGGCUGCCUUUUGAAACAGACAAUGUGUGACUCAUCCUGUGGUAUGAUUGAAACUACUACAUUUCACUCAUGAUCAGUCUUUACUACAGCCCUGGACUCAAGGUUGAACAAAACGACCAAGCAAAACUACUGCUACAUGUCUACCAUCCACGGUCAAUCAGAGAGCAAAAAAAAAAAAAAGUCUAGUUGUGAUCCACCGCUUUUAUUUUACGUGCUGUAAGUUGACAAAAGAGCAAAGGAAAAAGCUUUUAACUUUUUUUUUAAAAGAGUAUGUACAGUUUAUUUAUGAAGUUUGGUUGAUAACCAUUACAUACACUGCUUCUUGAGGCUUAAUUUAUCAUCAAGUUGUACAUUUAUGUUUUUCCCUAUGAGCUUGUUCAUUUUUUUUCUGGCAGUGUAAAGGUAUGGCUGGACAGACUUCAGUUUUUGAAUAUUUUGUGUGUUUUUUUUCGUAGAUGUCGUGUGCUGUACUCUUGAUGCUGAAUGCGUAAUCCACAGCUGGAAACUGUGUCAUUACAGAUAAAUUAAAGCUUUAUCAAGCAAUAUAAAAAGUG